AUGGACCAAGUGGAGCUGGAGAUCUAUCGUGUUCACGGCCUGACGGAGAAGACGGAUAACCGUGGCUCCUUCUGGAUCAAGUUCGAUCUGGGGUAUUCCAAGGACGAGAAGAUAGGAAAAGGGUUCACGCAGAGCUACCGGGCCGACGCUGACUCUGUGGACGUGGACUACAAGACGUCCUCCUACGUGAAGAGGGCGAGGUCGAGCCAGAUGGCCUUCCAGAACCGGCGGGCUGGCCUCGAGAUCUUCCACAAGAAGAACAUCGUCAGUGGCGGGAAAUUUGAUCGGCAAGUGCCUGGCCCCGCUGCAGCCGCUUCUGACCACGUGCGAGCUGACGUUGUCCACGCCUAUCCUGGACCAAAGGGAGGAGGGAGGCGGGCGGGAACGUGGAGCUGUCGUUGCGGCUGCGAAAAAGAGCUUGAGGUUGGCGAGUGGCCUACGGUGUCUCUCGACGAGCCAGUCGCGCAAGCGCCCGCCCCCACGCCCAUUGCUGCCCCAGCCCCCGCCCCCGCCCCGGCCUCUGUGCCCGUGGCCCAAGCCCCUGCUGCUGCCGGCGGGGGAGCGGGAGCGGCGGCGGCGGCGCAAGUGCAAGCGGCGGCGAAAUUCCAGAGCGUGGUCCUGACGGACAAAGAAAAGACUGAUCCUUUCGGGGUGGAGAACCUGGACAGCAACAACGUGCUCGAAGCUGAGAUCGAAGCUAUCGCUCCGAAGGCGGCCACGGGCGACCUGGCGUCCGUCAUGCGCAAGGGGGCGCUCGAGACCAAGCUGCUGAUGCUGGUGUCCGCGGUGCAGUCUGGCGAGCUGGACCUUCCGGCCUACUGCAACAUCUUGAAGGAGAGGGUCGUCAGAGACAAGGUUUUGGCGAUGUACCUGAAGGAUGAAAAGCGCACCAAGGAGGCGGUGGCAGUCAUGAAGCGCAUACGGGCCAUGGAGGAAGAACUCGCUGGUGUGCCUCAAGAGGAAGAGGAGGAUGUAGAAGCGUAACCCCCCCACCUUCCCCUCCCUACCCCUAGAACCAAAGGUUUAUUUCAGUAUGGACGUACUGUAGAUGACUCCCCCUGUUGGUGUUCUUCCUGAUUUCAAUGAUAUUGGGAUCAGUUGUUGGUGUAGAGGAGAGAGCUUAAAUAGCUGUCCCUUUCCGCGCUUGCUUCCCUGUAGCGUGCAGAUCGAGAGACCUCGGAUUGCAGCCUCUUCCUGCCUGGUUUUGUUUUUGUUCGUUGUACGCUUUUGAACCAAACCCGUCCCAUCCCUGGUGCGAGUUGACCACUUGACGAGCCUUGACACCAUUGUUUCGUCAAAGCCGGGGUAUAAUAGUUACCGUCGAUACGUAUCUUUGGCAGCGUUGGAGACAUGUAUCUUCUUGUCGAGAGCUUUCCAGAAUUCGCUUGUUCCGGCCGUGUAACCGUAGUCGUAGUCGUUCCUGUAAUGCCGUACGGAAUUAUGAAACCGUCGAAUUUCUUUUCAGCAAGGCGGGUGUGUGGCAUCACGCACGAUGCACACCCUUCCCUGUGUUGUUUAAGUUCCGAUGGCGUUGAUCUGUUGCACUCCUACUCCUUUCAAGUUGAUCUUGCUUUGUUUUCUGUGGGAUCGUCGGGAGGGAGGGAGCCCGGAUUUUAGUUCUGCGUUUUUGUCGAGCCACUCCCGUGUUCGACCAGCGGGCGGUAGAAAGUGUUGGCUGGGGGAACCAGUUGUGCAUGGCUUUCUCCAUCGGAGUGAGCCAUCCUCACGAGACCCCUUCCUUUGCAUUUUUCUAACACCAAAGCGAUGUAUAGUAUUAGUCUAAACUAGGCCAGGAGUUGGGUGUAAUUGGUCAGAGGACAUCGGUGCCCCUCACCAAAGCCGAAUGCUUUAACUAGGCAACGAGACUUGCCCAUAGAAAUCAAGCAUAUUUACUUCGUACUAAUUUUUUUGGAACCCGCGUGGGUCCUGCAAGGGCGAUCCACCAAUGAUGUAAUGAUCUGAUGCGAGCGUGAAAAGCUGUUCCCCUCUGCUGUACAAUAUGUGGAUGCGUUCCACGAGGA